AUGGCGCCCAAGGCAGCUUCUACUCCCACCUCAAACUCCGGCAUUCGCCAACUCAGCAGCGGUGAAUCGAUAAUUCCGGCAUCUACUCGCGCGGACGGGACCGUACGGAAAGAGAUUCGAGUCAAGCCAGGCUACAAACCCCCGGAGGACGUAGAGGUCUACAAGAACCGCACCGCCGAAGCUUGGAAGACUCGAGGGAAAGGUGGUGUCCCUGGAGCCGAAAAGGCCGAGGCUGAGCAGAAUGAUGGGCCUCAAAGUGCAGCUGCGAUUAAGAAUGCCAAAAGGAGAGAGGCGAGGAAAAAGGCCGCUGCGUCGGGCAAGGAAGAGGAGGAGGAGGCAACGGGAGCGGAGGCAAACGGACACGUGGUGAAGACGAACGGUGCUGCAGAGAUUGUUGAGGCAGAGCCAGUCGACCCAGAAGCCGAAAAGGCAAAGGAGGCCAAGAAGCUGGCGAAGAAGUUACGGCAAGCACAGGAUCUGCAGGCGAAGAAGGAAAGCGGCGAUAGCUUGCUGCCUGAGCAAUUUGCCAAGGUCAUCAAGAUCCACGAACUGAUCCGGCAACUGGACAAUCUGGGAUUCGACUCGGAGGGAGUCAAAAAGGAACAAACUUCGAAGCAUGAGAACAGGCCUUGA